GGUCAACCCAAGUGUGAGGUUGUAGCAGCAACAAUUCCUUUAUCAGCUACCUUGGUCUACCUAGAAGUUGCAGCGAUAAGACCCCGUAAGGCGUACCGACUUUGUCGCUGCCUUUUUCAUGGUGUGGGGAGGCCCCAAAAUGGACAAUUUCAUGGGCCAAAAGAUCGACGAAAGGCCCCGCCCAAAACUACUAGUCAUCAUCAUCUUCAUCCUUUCGUCCUAACGGUCUUCCGGUCUCUCGUUGUGUCAAUAGUGUGCCCGUGGAGAUAAGGGGGGCUUUCCGACCAACCCAUCCCCCACUCUUCGCCGCCACCACGGGUACAACCGUUGAAUCCGCCGUUGUCCCUCCGUCUAUCCGUCUCACCUCUUCUCGGUCCAACCCUGCUUCCUUGUCCACGCUGUUGUUGUUGGUGUUGUUCUUAACCCGCUCAGCUCGUCUUCUUCUCACCCAAACAUCACCGGCACACCACACACAACACCACCGUCAAGAUGGCCGCAUCCAAAGUCGAAAUCGCCCCCUUCGAGGUCACACCCCUCGACGCCAUUCCCGCCGUCUGCAGCACCGCCCGUGCCACCUUUGCCUCCCACAAGACCAAGAACCUGCAAUGGCGUCUCGUCCAGCUGCGCAAGCUCUACUGGGCUCUCGACGACUUCAAGGCCUCGCUCAUGGCCGCGCUGCAGCAGGACCUGCGCAAGGGCGGAUAUGAGUCGGACUUCACCGAGGUCGACUGGGUCAAGAACGACUGCCUGCACAUGAUCAACAACCUCGAGACGUUUGCCAAGACGGAGAAGCUCAAGGAUCUGCCCGUCACCUACUCGAUGAUGAACUUCCGCGUCAAAAAGGAACCUUUGGGAACCGUCCUCAUCAUCGGCCCUUACAACUUCCCCAUCCAGCUGGUGCUGGCCCCGCUCGUGGGCGCCAUUGGCGCCGGCUGCACGGCCGUCAUCAAGCCCUCCGAGCUGACCCCCGCGUGCGCCAUGGCCAUGAAGGAAAUGAUCGAGAGCCGGCUGGACCGCGACGCCUUCGCCGUCGUCAACGGCGGUGUCCCCGAGACCAACGCGCUCAUGGAGGAGAAGUGGGACAAGAUCAUGUUCACCGGCAGUGCCCAGGUCGGCUCCAUCAUUGCCCGCAAGGCCGCCGAGACGCUGACGCCCGUGUGCCUCGAGCUGGGCGGCAGGAACCCGGCCUUUGUGACCAAGAAGGCCAACCUGGCGCUCGCGGCCCGCCGCCUGAUGUGGGGCAAGGUCCUGAACGCCGGACAGGUGUGCAUGAGCCAUAACUACGUGCUCGUUGACAAGGAUGUGGCCGACACUUUCAUCGAGUUCCUCAAGAUUGCGUACAAGGACAUGUUCCCCAACGGAGCAAAGGCCAGCCCGGAUCUGUCACGCAUUGUCAACGCGAGGCACUUCAACAGAAUCAAGAAGAUGUUGGACGAGACCAAGGGCAAGAUCGUCAUGGGCGGCGAGAUGGACGAGAGCGAGCUGUACAUUGAGCCGACGGCGGUGUUGGUGGAUAGUCUCGAUGAUCCGAUGAUGCAGGAAGAGAGCUUCGGUCCCAUCUUUAGCAUUUACCCUGUGGACACCCUCGACCAGGCGCUCAGCAUUGCCAAUAACGUGCACCGGACGCCGUUGGCGUUGAUGGCGUUUGGUGACAAGUCGGAGACUAACAGGAUUCUCGACGAAAUGACCUCUGGCGGCGCCUGCAUCAACGACUCCUACUUCCACGGCGCCGUGCACACGGUCCCCUUCGGUGGCGUCGGCGACUCCGGCUGGGGCGCCUAUCGCGGCAAAGCCAGCUUCGACAACUUCACCCACUUCCGCACCGUGUCCGAGACCCCAACCUGGAUGGACCGGUUCCUGCGCGUGCGCUACAUGCCGUACGACUGGAGCGAGCUCAGGCUCCUGCAGCGCUGGACCAACAAGAAGCCCAACUUUGACCGCCAGGGGACCGUCGCUAAGGGGUCCGAAUACUGGAUGUGGUACUUCUUGGGCUUGGGUACCAAAGGCGGUGUUAAAGUUAACGAGGCGACGACUUCUUAAUUUCCUGUUCCGGUCGGGAGUUCAACAACAGCAGUGACAUUGUCGAUAUUAAGUACGAAAAAUACCAUAUAAUCAAGAGGCGUUAAUAAUGGGUGGAAGAAGGUAAUGUCGAAGAUGUAAUGGCACGAUUUGGAUACAUUCAGAGAGUUGGUACAUACGGUGUAUCACUCCUUGGGCUCGCACAUCCAGGAAGAGCGGCUUAUAUACCCAUUUUUUCUUAAGCGACCAGUUUAUGUCUUGACGAUCUACGUCAUGAACCCAUAAUUAUCCUUUUUCUAAACCAGAGCAGCUUUCAACUUGUUAUUUUUGGCUAAACCGAAUCACUUUAAGCCAUUCUUCCUAGUCCCAAGGCACGCCGUGAAACAAUUAUGCUCCCGAUCGCACCGCUGCGACGUGGCCGUACCCGGGUCUUACCCCUAAACGCGUACAGCAGUGGGACGCCUCUUAGAUUUUGAUGUCCUGACAGAGCAUCAAAGGUAGAAAGAGCUGGUAUUAGAAUUACACAUUACAAGUCCAACAGCUGUAAGCUACCCGGGAGGAAAGUGGUCUGUUCAUCAUCAAGAUUAUCGGCAUACCUAUUCAACCGCGGAACAUUUCCGGAAGAGUAACCCGGACAUUCAUUCUCCGGGUUUUCAUCACCCGUCAACAGUAUAGGACCCCUCCAUAUAUUGCCGAAAGUGGAAGUUGAAAACCACAUGUACUUAAUUGUCGAAGACAACAUCAUCAUCAGAUGCUUCAUAUAUACUUUC